AUGUACUUCGCAUAUUACGAGGCGACGCAGCCCGAAACGGCUCAAUCCGAUACGCCAAUCAUUCUCUGGCUUCAAGGCGGUCCCGGUUGUUCAAGCAUGAUCGGAAAUUUCUACGAGCUCGGCCCUUAUCGGAUUACCGAAUCGCUCAAUAUCGAGCCCAACCCCGCUCCCUGGAACCGUCGCUAUGGUGUCAUCUUUAUAGACAACCCCGUUGGUACGGGUUUUUGCGUAGCUCCUUCAGAUGCGGAUAUUCCUCUGGAUCAGGAUGACGUGGCAGGGGAUCUUUACACCGCACUCCGAUCAUUCUUCAGUCUUUUCCCGCCAUUUCGCCAGAGGCCGUUCUUCCUGGCAGGGGAGAGCUACGCUGGAAAGUACGUCCCCGCUUUAGGCUCCCUCGUUGUGGGGAAACUGGACAUGGCGCAACAGCAGUUACGACAGCGUCUGAAGUUCAAACGCGACGGCGAGGGCGGAUACAAGCAUCCGUUCUGUCUUGAUGGGGUUAUAAUCGGUAACGGGUUGACGCAUUCGCGUACGCAGGUGCAGGCGCAUGCUGAUAUCGCGUACAGCGCUGGGUUGCUGGACCAGCAGCAGCGGGAGAGGGCCAAGGAGUGGGCGGAACGAGUAGUGGCGCAUAUUGACAAGGAGGAAUGGCAAGAGGCUUUUCAAGAGCGGACGAACCUCGUCAACUGGAUUCAGGGGGCUUUUCAAGAUCGGACGAACCUUGUCAACUGGAUUUAUGCAGGGAAAGAGAUUCAGGUAGGGAGGAAGUCCUAA